GCUAAACUAAACUGGUAUGGCGGAGAACAGCGUGGUUGAGUGAGGUCAAGGCUGAAUCAGGACACGCCGAAACAUGUAUUACAUGAAUCCGGAGAGCUAUAACAGCCCCCUCAUCUCUUUCCAGACAUAAUAUUGUCCUGAUAGUUUGAAAGGUAAACGUAACAUCUAGCUGCAUAUACAACCAUAAAUAAAGAACUGAUGCCCAUUUCCACUUGAUUAUUCUCCAUCGUCUGCAUUUGGGUCCUGAUCUCUACCACUUCUAUGACGCAAGUUCCGACCUGUCACAUUCAUUUUAUCUAUGUUACAUGGGAACACCCAGUACGUCGCGUUCCUGCACGGAAGAUAAUAAGGAGAGCACCAAAAUGGCGACCUCCUUACUUCGGCUAGGACACCUGAAGCAUCUCAAGGUUCUCCAGCGAGACGGCUGGGGCCUUUUCAAGAGCUCUGCAGCGCCGUUCUGCACCAAGGCGCAGGAGCCAACCAAAGCGGUUAAAAAAGCAAAGGCAGCAACCCUAGAGGUCUCAGAAGAGAGGGCUGCACUACUAGCCUACAAGACCGCUGUUGCCUUCCCUGUUAAGCCUUUAGCCUCAGGACUUUCCUCAGCACAGGCUCUUGUUAACGUUGAACCAGUGGCUAGCCCCGCCACUGCCGAAACAAUAGUUACUGCCAAAGAUGUAGAUCCAGCUCCCUUUACCACGAGCAACAUUGAAGCUUUGACGGCUGAAACUGGCAUGGCUGUAGAAAUUGUUAGUCCCGCUCCAGAUAUAGCCGCGGCAGCCGUAGAGGCGGCCAAGUCGGCUUCAUCGACGGCCACAGAGGCAGUUGCCAGGGAAACCAUUCACGUUGAAGCAUUUGCGGCAAAGGCUCCUUCAGUUGCUGGGGCUGUCGCCCCACCUGCUCCAGUCACUGACGUGGCUGCCGCCAUCGUCGAAUCUGCUCCGCCGUUAAUCAAUGCUGCUCCACCCAUUGCCAAGCCGGAUGUUGCUGCAGGUGUAACAGAAGGAAUUCUGGCUGCUGCCGGGCCACCCGAAAAGUCUUCGUCCGCCUCAACUGAUCCUGGAGACCAGUCCGCUGACUCGUCUUCGUCCAGCGACUCUGAAUCUGACUCUGAAUCUGACUCUGACUCCGAUGACGAGAAGUCUGAGGUGGAAUCAAAGACUACAUCAGAAGUGGUGGAGACCAAAAAAGUGUCCAGCGAAGCAGAGAGCGGGAAAGUGGCGACUGCGCCCCUUGAAUCAACCCUUGGUGGUACUGCGGAAGCUAUGCAAGAAGUUACACCUGCUGCAUCCCUGGACACUGUUUCCGAAGCUAUGAAGGAAGAGGCUGCACCCAAGCAUGGGGCCCAAGAUGUUCAAAGGUCCACUCCAGUGAUCACUGGUGUAGAGCUGGUUGACCCUGCACCAGUCCUGGAUCCAGGCCUGGCUGGAGCUGUCGCAAGCUCUGAGGAGCUGAGAGACUCUGCCCCAGAGAUCGUUGUUACGCCUGUAGAGGUUGUUCCAGAAGCUGCAGUGGAAGAUGCUCCUGGGGCUCCAGUAGCAGCUGCAGAAGUUGCCACUGAAGCUGCCGUUGUCGAAGUUGCCACUGGUGUUCGUCUGGAUGCAAUGGAAGAGCCUCCUGAAUUUGAAGCGGCAGCUGGCCCAGCUCAGGCUGUUGCUGAAGCUGCCCCAGUUGAAGCUGCCGCAGAAGAGCUGUUGGACACCGCACCAGUAAUGGCUGAAGCUGCAGGAGAGGAGAUGAUUACACAGCCCCCAGCUGAGGCAGAAUCAAUGGAGGCCUCUGAGGGUUCUGUCCGUAAGAUUAGAUGUGUACAAGCUAAAGGUGAGGUUACUGUGUACUUGGCUAAUGGGGAAAAAACCCUCAACAGCUUGAAUAACAGAAGCUGGGAGUGAUUGAUUCCUUUCACUUUCUCUAAUUUACGUUUUUUACUCUAAGCUAAAUCAUGCCAUGAUGGCCCAUUGGUAAAUGAAGUUUCUGAAUUUAAAUAUGCAGAUUUGGAUGUGAAAUAUUUAACUUUGUCUUAGUGAUUUGGAUGUGAUAGCUUUUACUCUUUUUUUUUCGUUCUGAAUAUGACCCAAAUUCUUCUGGUGUGAUCGGAUAAAGGGUUGUCUUUUCAUGCCUAGUGUUUUAUUACUCUUUACAGUUAUUUUAUUGUUUCAAAUGUCUUGCUCAAGGGACACUUUUUUUUCCCUCCAACCUUUCUGGCCCAAAGCUCUUGACCAUUAGGCUACUCUGCCGCGCCUAAAUCAUGACACCAUGCCUCGUGCGGUGCUAAAUACCUUUUUUUUUUCCUGAACUAAUUGCCUGCUAUUCUACACAUUUUGCCCCAAGUCUAAAUUUGAAAGCUAAUUGCUUGCUACUCAACACUUGGCUGAAUUUAAUUAAAAUUUUACAGAAUGUGCCAUUCUGCAAAUUAUGCAGGAAAUCUGAGGGUAAUAAAAAGUUUGAUAUACAGUAGACCAGAAUAAUCUAACCUCAAUUAUAUUGUUUGCUAUCCCAUAGUGAAUUCAUUUCCACUUCUACCAAUUUGACAUUUACUAUAUACUAUUUUUAUAAAUGUCCCCAAGCUCUUUUCAAAUUCUUGUUUCCAUCUUCCACUUGUAUCCUCCCGAUACGAACCCCCUACAAGGCCCUAUAUGAACCUGUCUUCAGACUCUAGAUGGGCCGUACAAGAGGAAUUUGUAGAAACAUUUGAGUGAUUGCAUUCCAAUAUAAGAAAAUGUUCAUAAUCCAUCUGUAGUAAUAGUGGAUUGACAUUUCACAGCAUUUACCCCCCAGAAUCAUAAAACGCAUGAUUUUUAUUGGUCAACAGCAGUCUACUUUGCUAGCAAAUGGAAAAGUGCCAACCUCCCUCUCCUCAGUCGAAGUGAUUUAAGACAUUAUCUCACACUGGCAGACGGG